CUGCGUUACUUCUCCUACAUGACGGUCAGGGACGGAAUGAGGAUCUUAUUAAAACCGUGUUGCAAGAUUAUAAUUCCGGAAGAUUUAUCAAACUAACUCGAUCAUUUCCGUUGCCUUUUCUCUUUUAAACUGAACAUAUUUUCGGUCCAUUGCAUACUUUCACGUUAAUUCAACCGUGCUGGCGUAUAUGUGCAAUUCCCUGGAGUAUACACUUUCAGUCCGAGGCAUUGAAAUGUAAUAUAAUGGCCCGAGGUCGCUAGAUUGGGCGGGGCUUAGGUAGCGGGCUUUGUGAAACAAAACGAGGUCAGCGUCGAUUGACAGUUCUCACUCAAGAAUACAGCUGGUUUGGUUAGCAAAGGUGAAACGAUGGUGUUGCUAAAGAAUGUGUCACCUCCCAGUGAAGGCGUUAGGCAUCAACAAGCCGAGACCACAGCGGUCUUAGACGGCAAGGGACUUGGAGCGGGCACCCUCUACGUUGCAGAGACUCGCUUAUCAUGGUUCGAUGGUUCUGGAAUGGGAUUUUCCCUGGAAUACCCUUCCAUCAGUCUCCAUGCCAUCUCAAGGGACCUGAGCGCCUACCCACAAGAGCACCUGUAUGUGAUGGUGAACGCCAAACUGAGUGAGGAAUCUGAAAUGCAAGAGAAAGAUGAUGACAAUGAAGAUGAGGAUGAUGAUGAUGAAGAGGACAAGAACAGCGACGAUGACUCGGGCCCUAUCACAGAGAUUCGCUUUGUGCCCAGCGAUAAGUCUGCAUUGGAGCCCAUGUUCUCCGCCAUGUGUGAGUGCCAGGCUCUGCAUCCCGACCCUGAGGACGAUGACUCCGACAACGACUUCGAGGGUGACGAGUACGAUGUGGAGGAAGCUGAGCAAAGCCAUGGAGACAUCCCCACCUUCUACACCUACGAGGAGGGCUUGUCCCACCUGACGGCGGAAGGCCAGGCCACGCUGAACCGGCUGGAGGGCAUGCUCAGCCAGUCCGUAGCGCAGCAGUUCAACAUGGCCGGGGUCAGGACAGAUGAGGCCUCGGCCGAAUUUGAAGAUGGAAUGGAGGUGGACUCUGAAUCGACGGUGGCUGGACAGUUUGAAGAUGCUGACGUGGAGCACUGAUUGUGGAGAGUGGAGUCUUCAGCAGUUGGAAAUGCUCAUGACAGGCGGGACAGAUUGGCAGUGGAUUCUCCCUCUGAGAUUUUGGCCAAGGCACUUGACCCCUGAAUCUUCCUUACCGGUUUAGAACACAUUGAACUUUCACCAGUUGAUUGUUCUUUUUGAGCUAAUGGACAGCAAGGCCUUUGUCAAAUUGUACUUAUUUGGAGUAAUAAAUAUUACAUUUUGAUGUUAGUUUUUUAUGGUCAAAUGGACAUUUUCCUCCCCACAGUGAUGUCUUUGUAUGAAAUCUCUUAAAUAAAAUAGUUUUUGUAUGAA